GGACCCUGCCGUUGUGGUGGUUUUAGACUUCCUGCUUCCACCAGCUGUCUGUACGAACGAAACUCUCCUCCUAACCUCUAUCUCAUGUGAUGUUUGAAAUGUUCACCCUCUCAUAAACACGGACACUGGGAGCGUCACAGUGUGAUAGCAAUGGCCUGUCCACGACAAGUGGUCGCUUGCUGUUUGACAUUGGCAAUAAUAAUGGCUAAUGCCACACAAAUUGAGAGUCGUUCAAACGCAGGGAAUAAGAGUUUCCACGUAUCGUGCCACCCUGCACACUGGAUCCUGGCUCAGAUGACGUGCAAACAGAAACAGGGAGCCAUGUUUGAGCUGGAUGAUCUGAAGAAAAGCUACGGCCUGCCCAUCCUGCAAGCAGCGUUGCGAGAUGUCGGGGAAAUAUGGAUUAGCAGGAAGAAAACAGGUGGGUGUUGGAGGGUGGGUGUCAAACUGAAGACUACAACCCAGAUGCCAAGCGGAUCGGGAGAUAACAGGAGCAACAAUACGGAUGAUAACGGUUUCCUGGACACAAACUGCACUGAAUUACACCAUUAUGUAUGCAAGCUUAACAAACCAUCUGAAGACAGGAGGCGGACAAAUGAUUCGGAGCCACAUUACGUUCCUUGUCAAAGUCAUCCAACAUCCUCAAGUUCAGGUUAUAUUUACCUGACCGUGCUGGGCGUCGGACUUGUCCUCAUCCUGAGUAUCAUUGCCACGUAUAUCUCAGUCAGAAGACUUCGCGGCGUGGAUGGUCGAGUGACUGAGGGUCACUCAAAUGCUGUUCAGAACCCCAAUGGUACCCAAUCUGACAAUGAUGACAACAGUGAGCUACAGACUCAAGAUAAAGAUGAUGGUCACCCUGUCGAACAAAUUGAUCUUUGUUCUGUCGAUACUGAUAACAGUGCUUUCCUGGAAGAAAUCUGCGAUACGUCUGACGAUCCUGCUGAUCUAUCUGACCACUCCGAGGGCCAUACGGACCUUACUCCCAGUCCCCCUGAAGAUGGCACGGUCUUCAUGUCCGCCACCUACGACAACGUAACUUACAUGUUUGGAAACUAGCAUAUCUCCAAUGGCCAUGUGCGAAUAGCCGAAUACAGAUGCUAACUAUGUCCUGGAGUUCACAUGAGUACAACUAGCUCAUAACCAUAUCACAUUUGUCUGUGUAAGUAAAGCAGAGUCUUAUCACAUGGAGUAAGAUUUUGCAAGUACUACCAACGCAUUGUCAUGUUCAGUAUCGUUAAGGUAGCAAGAGUCAUUUCAUAUGAUGAUGACACUCAGUUAUGUAUGUAGGUAUGAUUUGUACGGCUUAGACGAGACCUCAGAUAUUGAUACCUUUGUCAUUAGAACGUAUUAUAAUGUAUUCAUCAUGCCAUACACUAUCACAGUGAUCACCCAACCAAGAGGUCUCUGGUUAUCUGCAAUAUAUUACCAAUCACUUUGUGACUGCAGACUGUUCAAAUGCUUCAUUCGCAUAAAAGUAAAUAAAAUUAGCAUGUUCUUCCAGAUUGCACAUUAAUUAAGAAGUGAUUGUGGUAACUACAUACUUUGUAUACUCCUAGCUUAUAUCAUAAACGCGCCCAAUUCAUACAGCUGUCAUCCAUUUCACUACUGUUUGAGACAUCAUGUGUUUGUGUGAAGAUAAUUGACUUUGAUUGUUGUUCAUAUUUGUGUCUUUCCUUGCAAACAAAAUAUGUUCAGUGCACAUCUGUAGUUCUGCCCCGAUGCAUCAUUUCUACCAUUAAAAUAUACAAUUUGCUACUUUAAUCAAUAUUUCUAUGUCGUUUAACCUUAGCAUGUGAACGAAUUUGUCUCCUGAAUUUGUACUGACACAUCACAUUAACAUGUGAUUGCUUUGUCGUCAACUACUUCCUCAACUGGCUUCAGUAUCAAUGCAAUAUUUUCUUCAGGGUAUUUAUGUAUGUGAACAAAAUAAGCAUUAAAAGUAAUGAGUUAUUUUUCAA